CGACCGUUCGCAUGCGACAUGUGCGCUCUGUCCUUCAAUCGUCAGCACGACUUGAAGCGGCAUCGGGAGACGCACUCAGGCGAAAAGCCAUUCCUCUGUAAUGGGGGAUGUAGUAAAACGUUUACGAGGAAGGAUGCUCUGAAGCGCCAUCAG